AUGAAUUUAAAUUAUGGAAGCAAGUGAAACAUGCAGCUAUUAAAUGAAGAAAAUGGUACAAUAUUCAGAAGAGUUGAAAUCUAAAUUAAUGUCUGCAACUUCUGAACGGUUUGGAGAAGGUUCUCUUUCACUAUGUGCAGGAAGUGAGAAUUACCCCUGGAUUAUCGACUCAGGUGCUACAAAUCACAUGACAUGUUCACCAAGGAGAUUCUUAUCAUAUGCACCUCGGUCGGGGAAGGAUAGGGUCAGGAUAGCUGAUGGAUCUUCAGCUCCUAUCAUGGGCUGUGGGACUGUUAGGUGUACUUCAUCCCUAUCUUUAAGUCCAGUUUUGCAUGUCCCAAAUUUCCCCGACCUGAAGUCAGGGAGAGUUCUUGGGACUGGAACUGAACGUGAUGGUCUCUACUACCUUGACAAUGAACUUACUCCAUUGGCUCUUAGCGCAAUGAGUAUUUCUACAACCGAUGAGUUUCUGUUACUGCACUACAGACUUGGGCAUCCAUCGUUUCAGUCCCUAGGACGUAGAGACCACCGGCGCGGAGGUGGCAGUGGGUGCAGGGGCGACGCCGGCGCGGGGUUUCACCUGCCGAAGUGCCACUGGUCCGCGCGCGCCAGAGGUGUCCGGCCGUGGGCGCUGCCGCUGCAGGGGCUCCGCAGAUGGGUUGCCGCAGCGGAAGGGGAACGGCUGCAGGUGCUCCGCGGCCGCAGUGAUCGGCGGCGGCAGGGGAACGGCUGCAGGUGCUCCGCGGCCGCAGUGAUCGGCGGCGGCAGGGAUCGCCCAGGAAGCAGAGGAGAGGUCGAGAGGAUCAGGGGAAUGGCAGAUGGAGCUACAGGUCGUGCGAUGUGGGGCAGUUGCCAUACAAAGUUACCACAAUACCCUUAG